AUGACUGACUCGUGGUCACCACGUAGGAGUGGAUCUGUUUGUUUGGAUGUCAUAAAUCAGACGUGGUCACCCAUGUUUGAUAUGGUCAAUAUCUUUGAAGUAUUUCUUCCUCAGCUACUAGCCUAUCCCAAUGUUUCGGACCCAUUGAAUGCAGACGCCGCACACCUCAUGCAGCGAGAACCAAAGACAUAUGAAGCAAAGGUGAAAGGUACGAUAGCAGCUCAGCUCAAAAGCAGAUAUCUAAAAUACGCGACUAGAAUAUGUCCAAAA